CUGAGGCUCAAAAGUGAAGUGAAAUGCCCAAGAUCACAAAGCAGUUAGCAAUUGGCUAACUUUGGCGUGGAGAUUUAAGCGUUAUAAAGCGCUUUAUGUAUAUAGUAGUAAAUUCCUAAAGUACUAUGGAAGUCAUCACCCCCACUGUACAGAUGAGAAAACUAAAGCGAAGAGAAAAAUUAAAUCUGGCCCAAGUCCCACAGCUAUGAGUGCCCCAGCAGAAGGGCAAGGCCCGGGAGAGGACAAGGAAGCGGAGGACGGAGUCAGCAGCAGCACGGGCUGUCCCGGAGGUCCCUUCGCCGAGCGCUCCAAGGCUCGUCCGAGACGGAAGCGCCGCGUCCUCUUCUCGCAGGCGCAGGUGUUGGAACUGGAGCGACGCUUCCGGCAGCAGAGGUACCUGUCGGCGCCCGAGCGCGAACACCUGGCCCGCGCGCUGCAGCUCACCUCCACGCAGGUGAAGAUCUGGUUUCAAAACCGCAGGUACAAGUGCAAGAGGCAGCGGCAGGACGCGUCCCUGGAGCUGGCUGGCCAGCCGCUCCCGCCCCCGCCGCUGUCCGCGCGCAGGGUGGCGGUGCCGGUGCUGGUCCGCGAUGGCAGACCCUGUGUCCGAGCGGGAGGCCAGCCCUACCUGGCUCCGCCCUAUACCCCCUACGCUUGCUACGGCGCCGGGCCCGCCUCUCGCUACCAAGCCCCGGGCUCCGGAGCGAAGCGAAGCUUCGGCAGGGCGCAUCUGGAGGCCCAGAGCUCCCAGACGCAAGCGCGAGGCACGCUUCAGGGCGUCAGGGCCUGGUGAGGCUCCCACCGCUGCUCCGCAUCCCCAGAUUGCUCUGCGAAGAGGGGCCAUUGCUCCCCACAGUCUCCCCCUUUCUGACGGUGUAUAGAAGCAGCCUCCCCCACUGCAUCCCCGACAACCCCGCUUUCCAAGAGGCUCGGUCCAUUCCAUUCUGGCUUAAUUUUCAUUUCUUGACUUUGUGGUCAGAUAAAACUCACCCCGGGUUUUGUUUUUUUGUUUUUUUUUUUAAGCCAAAAGACACCUUGGGGAUCGACUUCGAAUCUCUCCUUUUGCAAUUGAAAGAGAAGGAGGCCUAAAGGAGGAGAAUGACUUGUCCAAGUUUAUUUGGCAGAGCGCAGAAAGCUUCCUCCUCUUAGAAUAAGUAAUACCCAAAGAGUCUGAUGCUUCCUAUCAGCAAGUUUCAUUGUGUUCGUUCAUUCAGCCCGCAUUAUUUAAUUCCCUACUAUGUGCAAUUUGCCUCUUCCUCGCCUUAGCCCCCAAGUUCCCCACCCCCAAGCCAGGGCAGACAUUCUCCCAAUGGGUAAGUGCCCACUCCUCUCUUCCUUCACACAAGUAAGGCUGAUGUCAAGGCCGCUCAUGGCUGUGGGGGAAACCGGUCUGUUUGGAACCAGAGGCCGGUAGUUGCUCUGCAGAUUCUCACCUGUGUGACCUUGCGAUAAUCACAAUCUCUUCUGCCUUUUUAUUGUUCUUUUCUCAAGACCAAGUUUUACAACAUCUGCUUGUGGGUUUCCUAGAACCUAAAUCUCACCAUAUCUACUCAAAAGAGUACAACUAUUAUGAAAAGGAACAAACAAUUAAGAAAAAGAAAUUUAUUCAAACAGAAUAGAUUUGAGGUUAGAUAAAAUCAAUAAAGACCAAAAAGAGGGAGAGGGAGAGGGAGAGAGAGAGGGAGAGACAGGAAAAGGAAAAAAAAGGAAAAAAACCCUUCCCUAAGAGUGAUAACAUCUAAUACUGGGGUGGCUCCCUUCUUUCCAGUCAUCCAACAAAUUUCAAAAUCAGUUUCCUUUCUGGCUGAGCACACAUCAUGUCGCUUGCCAAUUAUUCUCUCUUCUGAAUUAUAACAUCAUCCAACUCCUUUUUCCUCUUGACUCAAAAAUAUACCAUAUUAUAUUAUCCAAAUAAAUUCAAAGCCUCUCUCCACCUCACUGCAAACUGUAUACAACAGAUGCCUGUUUUCCCUUCUUUUCUUUCUAACAGUAGUUGCCAGUGAUUUAAACUCAUCACACACACAAAUCUGGCCAUGUCUCCUUCCCUCCUGUUAUUCUUGAUAAAUUCUGAGUGUUGUCUAUCACUCCCCAAGAAGAAAAACUUUUUCCAGUCUUUUUAAAAAUUUACAUCCUCACAGGCCCCUACAUGUCUCUGUAUUCUCUGAUUCAGGCAUAUUUACUAGACUUUCUCACUGUUCCUCCUAUCUUUUCUCUAUGUUGGUUGACAGAGCCAGGGGUUGCCUGCUCCACAGUGCUGGAGGACAAAUGAUCCCUGUUUAUUUUUUAAAAAUUGAAAAGCCAUUUAAAAAUCCCUCCCUGCCCAAUAUUUUAUGCUUUAAAAGCACAUCUUCUCCCCUUGGCAUAAAUCAUCUGUAGGAUAGCAUAUUGGUUUCUUCUCAGAGGAGGAGCUUCUUAAGAAUGAUGGCUUGCUCAUCUUCUGGGGCUGGAUUUCACCUCAGCAGAUUAAGAUUCUGCCUUCUCAGAAGAUUAAGAAAUGUAAUUGAAGCUGGCAGAUAUUUGAUUGUUCAUAAGUAAAUCCCAGUGAUACGUCUUGAUGCACAUGCAGUGCUACCACUUUCUCUAAAGGCUCUUUUUCUAGUAGCUUAGAACGUUCCUGUUGAAAUGGACAUUUUUACAAUUUCCAUGAAUUACAAGGAUCUACUUGUGGGUUCUCUAAUAACUGAAUGUCCCUAAAGGACAUCAAAAGCCUGUGAUAGAUAUUGUAUCAUUGUAUCAUGACAUCAAUCUUUUGGGGAACCAAUCUACAGAGACCAUCUAUCUCUGCAGUGGCACCAUGAGGACUCAAGGAGUUUCAGGGAUAAAAGGCAGCAAUAAGACAGGAUGAAACCAUAAGUCUCUCGACAUAAGACCAGCCAUAAUCCUGAGGAUAUUGAUUAACCUAGCAAUGAAAGCUACCCAAAGGUAAAAGACUGCUUACCAAUGCAAUGGGAAGUAGACAACUUCUUCAAACAGAAAGCCUGUAUUGGCCAUUUGUUAGGCAUGUUGGGCAAGCUCAGGUACUGUUUUACUCUAGAUGAUGGCUUUAAAAUUACACUGAAACCACUGACAUCGUUUUGAAAAGUAGGAACAAUUUUCCUCCAAGGAACAAAUAUUACUGUGCUCAAUGAUUCAGAUUAAUUGUGUCUACCACCACCCAGUGGCAGCAAAUCCUAACUACAAAAGUAAGUUAUAUUUUGGGAAAAGAAAAUGACCUAAGUAUGAGGUUGCUAGUCUCGAUUCAUGUGUUUACCUAGCAGCAACCUUCAGGUUAGUAAAGAGUUUUCUCUUUUCCCAAUGAAAAAAAUGUAAGUAGUUAUUAUAUUACUUAUCGAUAAGUAUAAAAACAAAUUACAAUGGUACAAAACAGGAUUCCCAUUUCAGAUGGCCUCCAACUCAAGUUCAUGUCGCUGGACUCUAGACAAGCUGAAGACCAGAGUCCAAGGGCCAUACAAAAAUUCACACAUCACCUCCAUUUGAUGAGAGGUCUUGCAAGUUUAGAGGGGUCUGGUUAAGUCAGAAUGGGUAUAAUGCGCAAAAGUUUGAUUUUGUGAAUCAUUCUAUGUGUGAUGGCAAAUAUUAAAUGAAAUUAAGUCUUCAGUUUCUAAAAAACGAGACUAAAACACUAAAAAAAACUUUCAUAUUUUAAAAUACCCCAAAUUUCAUAGACCUAGAGAACUGAAGGAUAGCUGUAAAAUGUGCAUUUAGUGAAACUUUAUGUCUCAAGCCUUUUUUCAAUACUGCAGUAACCCUAAUGCCAAAUUUUCAUAGCAGAAUUACAGAUAUUCAGGGUAUGGGAGCAUCUUUCACACUUAUCCCAUCAAGUCCUGGUGUUGCCCCCCUUUCUUUGCUAGAAUAUCCUGAAUUACUAGUAUAUGAAGCCAACAAAUAACUGAGCUUGCAUUUAAAGAAAGAUUCACAGCAAAUCAUUUGAAGAUAGGUAGAAUAAUAUACCACAACUUGUUAAAAAUGCACUUAGGCCUAUGCAUCAUUACUCAGAGAAAUACAUAAUUAAAAUAUGGAUUAAAUUCUUGUCUAAAAUAUUGUUACUGUAAUUGUUGUUUUUUCAAGAAAGUCCAAGAACAGCUUCCACAUCUUCUUAUGGCUAUUCUCUUUUAAGAAGCUUUGGGGGAGUUAAGUUUUCAUCAAAUAAUUCAGGUCUUUAAAUGAACUCCAAAAGAAACUCUUCUCCUUUUUGCUGAUGAUCCAUUUAAGAAAACUUAAAUCUUAAAAAGAUCUUAAAAAGAAACAUUUUAUAUAUAUUUGCAUAUAAAAUAUGUAUACAUAUGUUUACUAUACUUGCCUCAAAUAUACCAACAUAGCCAAAAGAUAUGAUAUAUACGUAAUAUACUUACCUCAAUAUAUAAAGCACCACAAAAAGAUAAAAAUACAUCAAUAUACACAAACAUAUUUAUAAGCUUUUUUUUUUAAAUUGGAUCUGAGAGAGCUCAAAAAUUCUUCUCCAGAAGAAGAUAAGUCUGUAUUGUCUUAGAACCUAACUUUGAAUCACCUAAGAAGCAUUAAGAAAAAUUAAGUGUUAUCUUUCAAAUGUCAUUCUCCCAGUGACAUCUUUGCAAGGGUUAUAAAGAAUAGAUAAUUGUUAAGGACCAUACCUAAGUGAAUUGUAAGGGGCAGGUCAAUUCUCCAAGAGCCUCCACA